AUGAACGACGAUAUUAACAGCCAAGAAGACUUCACCCAGCUCGUCAACGGAAAGAAAGUCGUCGCCCUCCCCAAUGAUACACGUCCGAGACAUCCUGAUGGCAGCUACGUGUUCGUUCGUGACGAGACUGCUAAAACCAUCGAAGACAAAAGCGCGCAAGACAUCAUCGCCUACUACGCCAAAAUCCUCGCCAUCGAAACAAAAUCCAGACCCCAUCCUAGUUUGACAUCGAAUGCAAUCAUCGACGGCUUGGAUACCCUACGCAUCUGCUCCGAGAUCUUCUCCGACAAUCCUACUAAGCCUUCUUUCGUCGCGGAAUACUUACACAUGCUAGCGCCACAACACCAACUCAGUCUCUCCAUCGUUCUUUCCAUCAUACUCGAUACAGACGACUGGAUGAACCUCGAGCGUGAGGUUGUCAGGGACGAGGAGUUCGAGAUCUCGGUGGUGAUUUGGGUGCUGAAGCUUGGGCCUGAAGGGCUUAUGCUGGGGAGGGUGGAGGGGAAAAGCGAGAUGCAGAGUUUGUUGGGGGCGGAGGAGGCGUGGAUUGUGGUGAAUGAGGGUAAAGUAGAGUAUGAAGAGAAGAAGAUGGAGCUUAUGCGGGUUGCUGCGGAGGUGACGAUGUGGGGGAGGGGCGCGGCUGGGAUGUUUGCUAAGAAGGGUCGAACUGAAGACGACGAUUGA